UCCCCCUCCCUUCCAGAAUAAUGAUCCUGCUAAGUUCCAACAGCAGCACAUCUUGAGGUCAAAUUCUCGCCCCCGCUUCCCUUUUUGGUUGUGAGCUUUGCUCUCACCCGUUUCGCAGCUGCUUCUGCCUCCACCUAGAAGGGCUUCAGCUCAUGCAAAAGUUCUAACAAUGGUUUGCCGUUCAACUGGCAUCCACAGAUCCCUUUAAGGGACAAUGGUGGAGGUCCCAGAGGCCAACGCUGCCUCUUCCAGGGUCUGCUCUGAGAUCAGACCCUGUAAGCCAUGAUACCCUUCAGAGGAGAAUGUGAAACAAACCAGUGGGGACAGGGGUUAAUCAUGGUUUAUUGCUUACUCUGUUCUGUGAGUCAGGUAACUGUGGCUUGUUGAACAAACCACAGCUAAACCAUAACUUAGUGAUAGCAUCCCUGAGUACAUGGAGACUGUCCUUCCCAACAAAUUCUGCCUUUCAGGCUGAAGAGAGUCCAACGGUUACAGUCCCAGUCCAGAGGCAAGAGCAAUAGCAAAUGCUGUUAUUGAGCAAAAGUCCUCUUAGCCGGUGGGAAAUGCAGCUGAUCCGCGAGGUGAAAGGCGGUGGAGCUCCCCACCCCAAAGCAGCUGUUCCCACAAGAGGCGCUUCUCCCCCCCCCCGAGGGCAGAUGUUCCCCCGGCCGGUCCGCAGCCCUGAGUCCCCUCCUCCUCCUGCCUUUCAGAUCAUCAAGGAGAUCAGCACCCUCUUCCCCUUCUUCAGAGAAGGCUACCAGGGCUGGAAGGACUCCAUCCGCCACAACCUCUCUGCCAACGACUGCUUCCGCAAGGUACUGAAAGACCCCACCAAGCCCAAGGCCAAGGGGAAUUUCUGGACCGUCGAUGUGGACCUCAUUCCCCCGGAGGCUCUCAAGCUGCAGAACACGCCCGUCUCCCGACAAGAGGAGCGAACCUUCACGGUUGACCUGGCUCCCUUUGUGUACCACGGCUGGACUUUCAACGCCCCCCAGCCUCCCCUUAAUGUGGCUGCCCCAGAGGGCAGGGGGUUUCCGAGCAGUGAAGGGGCCCGGCAGAGCAGCCCCUUCAGCAUUGACACCUUGCUUCAUGACUUCCAGGAUGUGGGUCUCUCGGGGAAAGCGCGGGCAGACGUGGCACCACCGCAGAGUCCGACAGCUGGCUCAGAAUCCUGGGGCACAAUCCCUAUCUUCCGUGUCUCCUCUGGAGCCCGAGUCCUCCCCUGGCAGCCUCCGUGCCCUCUGCCCAUGCUCUGCUCCCUCUCUUCCUCCAGCAGCCGCUCCUCCCUCAGCUCCUUGUCCCCCACAAGGGAGGAGCCAAAGAAGGGGACUGGUUCCUCUACUUUGGCCAAGCGCCCCAGAGUCAUCUGCCCAGCCCCCGAGAGCAGUGGCUCCGACUCCAGGGAAGACACCCCACCUCCUCCUGCCCCAUGCUGGGAGCAGCUCCCCACUUCAUAUACUCCAUGUGUGGCUCCCAACGUAGUGGUAGCACCCCCAAGCCACACCCUACCCUUCUCAGCCUUUCCCUCCUACAGCCCCACACCUUUUGCACACCCAGCCUACUGGGAGCUGAUGCCAGGGCCCUCCCUGAGUCCAAUCGCUUCCUCCAGAGUCUGCUUGGACCUGGACGAAGCGAUGCCUCCCAACAAGACCGUGUUUGAUGCUUGGAUGAGCCACCCCAUGGACAUUGUCCACCCAGCUCUUCCCAGGACAGGCCUUUCCUCCAGGAGCUCAGUGCUCACCCACUACAGCCUCUCCUGAGAACAGCCUUUGGCAAGGGAGUAAGGUGGCCGGUUAGGCAUGUCAGCCAUGCUUUCUGUCCAGGGAUGACCACAGUCACCACCACCACCACCACCACCUUGUCCUAUGACAAGCCUUUCUUGUAGACCUUGUCAGCAUCUCCAGAAGACAACACAACAGUCCCAUAACCAACCACCCAGUGAAGAACCAAACAGGAGCAAACCAUCCAGGGGAAAAGCAGCUGUCUGCCCUUUUGACCAUUAGGGACCUCUUAUCCUUUUGAGUAGAUGGGGUCUCCCAUAAGAAAUGAGAGAGGGGGAAUCUGCCAAGCCAGGUCCUGAGCGCCAUCAUGAAGCCAAAGGGCACAGGGAGGAUGAGAGCUGGGGAGCCCUUGGUGCUCUCUGAGCUUGGCUGUUUGCUUGCAGACAUUGCACUACCCGACUAGAUCGCGUCGCCAGCGCAAUCAUGUGAGUCUCUGAUGAUGUUGCCUACUUGGGUAAUGGAUAAAGAAAUGUCCUCAAGCCAACUCCAUAGUUCAACCCUGAGCUACAUGUAUUCUCUUCUAUGGGGUGAAAGCUGGCCCCGCUCUUCUGAGUCCUUGCUUGAGGCUGAAGAUUGAGAAAUGGACCAAAUAAGUCAGGGUGGGAAGCAGAUUGCUUGGCUCUGCAAAGGGAUUCCUGAAGAGCUUCAACACCCAGAGGAGGGGUAGCAUUAUUUGGAAGCCUUAACUGGUGCAAAAUGUGGUGGGGCGGGCAAUUACCAGUGCCAGUUACUUGGCACAUGGAACGCCACUGCUGUGUGAGCUGCAUUGGAUGUCACUGUGCUUCUGGGUGCAAUUCAAGUGCUGGUUUUCACCUUUAAAGCCCUUCAUGGCGUAGGACCAGGUUACUUAAGGGACUGUCUCCCUAGUUGUUCCUAUCCAUCCUACCCGAUCUGGCAGGAAGGAUGCUCCAGGUACUGUCGGCUAGGGAGUGUCAGUUGGCGGAGCCCAGAAGGAGAGCCUUUUCUGCCACGGCACCCGCCCUUUGGAACAUCCUUCCCCCGAGAUUAGAUUAGGCCCGUCCCUGUUGGCCUUCUGUAGGGCCUUGAAACCUUGGCUUUGUGCCCGAGCCUGGGACCCUGGGCGUGGGUUAGAGCCCGUCUCCUGGUUGUGUGGAUGACAGGUUAGGUUCUGCCCGGCUGCUAGGUGUUUCUAUUUGUAUUUGUUUUUCUAUCGGGU